AUGGAUCCGCAUCUCCUACAACUUCGUUUACAGCAGGCGGGCGGCAAACAUCACGUCGAUGGUUCCGUGGUGACUGCGGAAGCCGCGACGACUUUCCGGCAGGAGGCCCUGCUACAGAUGGUUAUUGUGACGGUUGAGAAGAAUACGAACGGAGACUUUUCCGACGAUGUUGAGCAGCAAGAUUCCUCAGUGAUUGUCGCAGAGUUAGCGGUUCCCCUUUUACCUGUGGAGAUGGACGUUUGA